AUGGAUUCUUCUGCUGAACCCCCAAGCCUUGAAAGCGAAGCUUUAUUGGAAAGAGCAGUUAAUGAUGCUUAUCGAGCCAUAGUCAUUGAAGAAGAAGAAGAAGAGGAUGAGGGAGAAGAAUCCCCAGAUGAAGAUAUUGUUUGGUUGCGAGAACAGAUUGAGAACCAUAAAGCCGUAUCUUUUAUUUAUCGUCCUUCAGUUUAUACUUUGGGGUUGGUUAUUUGUUUAUUUAUGUUAGCUAUGUCAUCGACUAUAGCAACCAAGCAAAUUAUAUUGUUCAAAUUGGCAUGCAACUCGGUUACUGAUUCAAAAGGAUAUUGUGAUCCAGUUGACACACAAUUGUUAGUAUCAUCAUAUACUAUGUAUUCAAUGGUUGGUAGUACUAUUGUAUCAUUAAUUCCUGUGGCCAAGGUUGGUGAAUUGAGUGAUAUUUAUGGAAGAAAACCAUUUUUCAUUCUUGUGUUCUUCUCAUUUACAUUGUCCCAUAUUUUCUUGUAUUUGAUAUUCAGAAAUUAUGACACAUUUCAAUUUAAAUUAUUAUUAGCUGCAAAUUGGGUAGGUAAUAUCACCGGAGGUGCAAUGAUUAUAUCUGCUUUAAUUGGAAGUUAUAUUUCUGAUAUCGUUGAAUCACAUGCCAGAAUUUAUUCUUUAGGUUUGGGUAUGUCUAGUUUGUUUAUUGGUCAAUCAGCAGGACCUAUUAUUGGGAACUGGAUUAGUGAUUUGGGUAAAAGAUUAGAUGGCGAUACUGCUGGUAAGAUCGGUAUUAGUGCCAUAACCCAAGCCUCUCGUAUUUUACAAAGUGAAUAUUUAUUGUUGAAAUUUGAAAUUGUCGUCAAUAUAAUCAUUUGUAUUUAUUUGGUGACAUUAUUCCCAGAAUCACGAAAUGAGAAAGCUAGACAAAAAUCAAGAGCCAAUUCUGUCAGCUCAACGUCCGACUCUGCUACGGCCCUUAGUCAAUUGCAAAAUCAGCAACAGCAGAUUGGUUUUUUCAGAAAGUUUUUCGAUAUUUUUUCGCCAUUGUUGAUCUUGGCUUAUCCUACAAGUCUUAUAAGUGAAAAUAACAAGCAUAAAGCUUCCAAACUUAGAUUUGUUGUUAUUUCCUUGACUGUUAUUCAAUGUGUUCAUAUGAUGAUUGUUUUAACACUCGGUCAAAUAUUAAUGAACUAUGGUAUAUUUGUAUUUGAUUGGGCCACAGAGGAUGUUGGAUUGUUAUUGACCAUUUUAGCAUCUACUAAAGCAAUAGUAUUGAUUGUUCUUUUACCGAUCUUUCAAAAUAAAGUGUUGGUUAAAAUAUUCAAGUUUAGAGUGUUGAAAAAACAAUUAGAUAUGGUAGAUUAUUCCAUGAUGAUUAUUGGCUAUAGCAUUGACACGUUAUACUAUCUUUUAAUGGUGGUUGCAAACUCAACCAAUCAAGUUUACUUACUACUUGGAUUGUUUGCCUUUGGAUCAAUUUCUGGUCCAGCAACACAAUCUUCUUUAUUGAAAUUUUAUCCUACUUCCAAAACAGGAGUAGUAUUUUGUGCCAAUUCUUUAUUGCACAAUGUGGUAGCAGUGAUUGCUCCUAUAUUGGUGAUGAAUUUUUACAGAAGCUCAUUGACAAAGGGAUUCCCAAGUGCCGUGUUCUUAUUAUAUGCGGGAUUCAUGCUAAUAGUAGUGACACUUCUUGCUAUUAGUAAAAGAGUUUUACAUUUGAAUUCUUCGACUACCAAUGAAAGACUUGUUAGGAGUAAUUCAACUGUUUCAAUCAACAGAAAAUAUCCAAAUUCAACACCUUCAAUGCAUAGAGCCAAUAGUUCAUCUUCAUUUUCUAGAUGA